AUGGCUCGGUACCCUGUGCUGCUGCUGGGUUGCGCAGCCUUGUCUUCGGCUGCCCCAAGCUUCACCGUCAAGGGAAGUCGACCCACAAUCCUUGAGGGAGUGGGUUUUCAGCUGGACCUUGCUUUGAGCUACCCUUCCGGUGACAACCUGGCUGCUGGGAGCAGCAUCUACGUGCGCGUUCAGAAAGGCAGUCAGUCCGUCUCUGGCGUGAAGACCUACCCCCUCUAUUCCGGCGAUGAGCUCAGGACGUCACUCACCCUCAGUGACCUCGUGCUCAACGAAGUGGGCACUCAUGAGCUAACGGUGGAUGUUGCAUACUCCGCAGACUUUCUUGGAGCUUCCUCGGGGACAUACGAUGCGUGGGUGAUCUCCGGCUUCGUGUCCCUGCUGCCGCCCCUCUUCGUCGUUCUCGUGGCCGGAUUGACUCAGGAGGUGCUGUGGGCACUGUGGGUCGGGUUGUUCGUGGCCGGGGCCAUCGUCCAUCAGGGGAACAUCUUCGAUGCAUUCCUGAGGACACUGGACACAUACUUGGUGAACUCUCUGGCAGAUUCUGGUCACGCCUUCGUCAUUCUUUUCUCCUGGUUCCUCGCUGGACUCGUGGCAGUUGUGCAGAAGUCGGGCGGUGGCCAUGGCAUUGCCAACAUCAUGCUGAAGCGCAUCUCGACGCGACGUGGCGUCCAACUAGCAGUGUAUCUUCUGGGCUUUGUGAUCUUCUUCGAUGAUUAUGCGAACACGCUGAUUCUCGGCAACACCAUGCGAGGCAUCUCUGAUGCUUUCUUCGUCAGCCGAGAGAAGCUCGCCUUCCUCGUGGAUGCCACCACUGCGCCGAUUGCUUCCUUGGCUCCAAUCUCCUCCUGGAUUGGCUUUGAGGUUGGCCUCAUCAACGAUCAGCUGGAGACCUUGAAGGGCUUGGGCUACACCGAUGCCCUGGCCGAAGCCGGCCUCACGAGCGGCUAUGGCAUCUUCCUGUCCUCUCUGGCAAGCAGGUACUAUCCCAUCUUCAUGCUCGUCUUCCAGCUGAGCCUGAUUAUCUUCCAGCGCGACGCUGGCCCAAUGCUUCAGGCAGAACGCCGUGCCGUGGACAACAAGCAGGUCAUUUCGCCCACCGCCAAGGAGAGUGAGGUGACUCUCGAUUCCUCCAUGGAGCCAUCGGAGAGCACGCCCAAGUUGUGGUGGAACAGCGUGGUGCCGAUUCUCUCGACUCUGAUUGCUGUGUUCGCUGCCCUGCUGGUCACUGGCUACAACACCACGGUGGAUGGUGGCCAGGAGAUGACUGCAGAGAACUUGUUCGGCAACGGGGACUCUUACUCUGCCCUUCUCUGGGGAGGAUUCAUCGGGAGCGUAGUCACCUGGGUCUUCAUCCGUUUGCAGUAUCAGUACAAGGGCGAGAUCUACAAUCAAUGGAAGCACUGGGUGUCCUGUGAUUUUCGCAUGCAGAUCGAUGGAGAUGACGCCGAGGCGCCCCGGCCCAUCCUCAACUUCAAGGAAUCCUUGGAUGUGUGGAUCGAAGGCGUGAAGGGCCUCACAGCUCCAGUGUUGGUGCUGCUCAUGGCCUGGGGCAUUGGUGCCGCGGUCAAGGAUGUCUCGUGCGACCUCUUCUUUGCCAGCGUGUUCUCAUCAGAUUCCUUGGACUAUCGCUCCUUGCCGACUCUUACGUUCUUGAUCUCCUCGCUGAUGUCUUUCUGCACUGGCACCUCUUGGGGCACCAUGUCCAUCAUGUUCCCACUUGUCUUGCCAGCGGCGUGGAUCAGCUCGAACGGAGACCAAGAAAUCUUCGUGCUGGUUGUCUCUGCCAUUUUGGCGGGAUCCGUUUUUGGAGACCACGCAACUGCCAUCUCGGACACCACGAUCCUCUCUUCCAUGGCUACCAAGUGUGACCUCCGCCACCACGUUGUGACACAGCUUCCCUACGCGCUGUUCGUUGCCGUUGUGGCGAUUCUCAUCGGCUACCUUCCGGCCUCCUUCCUCUUUCCAGGUUGGCUAGGCCUUCUCCUGGGCAUCGUUGUGAUGUUCCUUGCGCCUUUGGCCUUCGCGGAGAAAGUGAAUCAUCCCCAGCGGCGUCUGGAUCCAACGAUGCGGGUCGUGGAGUGGGCUCGAGUGACGCUACUGAAGGGGAAGCCCACUGAGACAGCUCCAAUCAAGUCGGAGAAGGAUGUCGGAGACCAGGCAUUCUGA